AUGGCUGGCUGUAAAGUAUUCUCGAAAAUAGACUUGAAACAAGCCUAUUUGCAACUCGAAUUGCGGGAAGAGGAUAAAGAAAUCCUUACACUAAAUAUGUCUAAAGGCUUGUAUCAGUGUAACCAGCUCAUGUACGGAGUGGCAUCAGCGUCUGCGAUCUGGCAGAGAACAAUUGAAAAUAUUUUGAAAGAUAUCCCAGAAGUAACUGUAUUUUUAGAUGACAUAAAAAUUGCGAAAAAUCUCAGUGAUAUUUUAAGACCACUAAAUGCGUUAUUAAGAAAGAGCGCUGGUUUUAAGUGGACGCAGGAAUGUAAGAGAGCUUUUACAGGCGCCAAACGGGCUUUUUGUAGUGAUAAGAUAUUAGUUUCUUUCAAUCCGAAAUUGCCAGUAGUCCUGACAACUGAUGCCAGUCACUGGAUAAAGAAGCAGAAAAUUCUCACGGAUAAUAAACCUAUCAGUCAAAUUCUUAAUCCACAAAAAGGCUUACCUGCAUAUAGCGCGAUGCGUAUGCAACAUUACGCGGUUUUCCUUCAAGGUUUUGAUUUUGACAUUAAAUUUAGAAAAACAGAAAAUCAUGGCAACGCUGAUGGCUUUUCUCGACUACCGAUCAAAGAAAAGGCUAUCGCAGGUUGUGACGCGCUGGAUGUUUUUACAAUAGAAACGCUAAACAUGUUACCGCUUAAGGCGAGCGAAAUUCGAAAAGAGACGUCCAAAGACGCCGAUCUCGCGAAAAUAGUAGAAGCUUUAGAAAAAGGUAAAGGCUUAAAAAAAUUAGGGCUACAGAAUCAUGAGUUUGCGUUAAGCAAUGGAAUACUGUUAAGAAAAGAUAGAAUGGUAAUACCGGAAGUUUUAAGAGGCAGAAUUCUCGAAGAAUUACACUCCGGUCACGUAGGAAUUGUUAAAAUGAAAGGCCUAGGUAGGAAUUAUGUUUGGUGGCAAGAUAUCAAUAAUGACAUUGAAAAAACUGUUCGAAAUUGUAGAGAAUGUAGUCGAUUCCAAAAUGAUCCCAAACCAGUACCGUUGCAUCAUUGGGAGCCUACGGAUGAACCAUUCCAAAGGAUCCAUAUGGAUUUUGCUGGACCAUUUAUGGGUCAUAAUUUUCUGGUUUGCGUAGACUCACGAAAUGGCCUGAAAUUUAUGUAA